AUGAGCAGCAUACCUAUAAAUCUACAGACUCCCAGGGAGUUGCCAUGGCGCCCGGCGCAUCUUCCUCCAACACCUCCCGACUCUGACAGCGAAAAAGCAGAGAGCGAUUCAUCUUCUCAACAAGCGAAUUCAGACUUUCCUCUCGCACCUCCUACAUUAGAACCCACCCAGGUACUGGAACUAGACAAGAAGACUCCCGAUAGCUGGCUUCCACGAGAUCCUAGAUUGAUACGACUGACUGGCGUACACCCGUUCAAUGUUGAGGCGCCUCUCUCCGAUCUAUUCAAUGAGGGCUUCCUCACCAGUCCGGAACUCUUCUACGUUCGAAAUCACGGUCAUGUACCGCAAGUCAGGGACGAGGAAAUCCCUGAUUGGGAGUUUACGGUGGAAGGACUCGUCGACCGGCCGAUGACCCUCACAUUACGCCAGUUGAUGGAGGAGUACGAGCAGCAAACCUAUCCCAUCACUCUCGUCUGCGCAGGCAACAGGAGGAAGGAGCAGAAUGUGGUACGGAAGACCAAAGGUUUCUCAUGGGGCGCUGCAGGCGUCUCUACUGCCUUGUUCACGGGCGUCCUAAUGGCCGACGUUAUUCGGAGAGCAAAGCCGAAAAGAGGUGCUCGAUACGUAUGCAUGGAAGGUGCAGAUAAGCUCCCCAACGGCUACUAUGGCACCUCUGUCAAGCUGAACUGGGUCAUGGACGAGAAUCGGGGGAUGAUGCUGGCGCAUGGGAUGAAUGGUGAGAUGUUGAGACCGGAUCAUGGGAAGCCUUUGAGAGCGGUCAUCCCAGGACAGAUCGGUGGACGAAGUGUGAAGUGGUUGAAGAAGUUGAUUGUGACGGCCGAACCGAGUGAUAAUUGGUAUCACAUCUACGACAACCGGGUAUUGCCAACGAUGGUGUCCCCUGAGGAGUCCGCGAACAAGCCCGAAUGGUGGACCGACGAGCGGUAUGCUAUCUACGACCUCAGUACCAACUCGGCCAUUGCAUAUCCAGCACAUGACGAGCGACUGUCGAUGACCGAGUCCUCGGAGAACUACCGAGUGAAAGGAUAUGCGUAUGGAGGUGGUGGACGUCGUGUGACCAGAGUCGAGAUCUCUUUAGAUCAAGGGAAGACCUGGAGACUAGCAAAUAUUGACUACGCAGAAGACCGAUACCGAGACGCAAGUCCCCAACACCUAUAUGGCGGAAGCCUGGACUUUGGAUGGCGAGAAGCCUCAUUCUGCUGGUGUUUCUGGGAGCUCGACAUGUCUGUUGCUGAAUUGGCCGGGGCGAAGGAUAUCUUGUGCCGAGCGAUGGACGAAAGUAUGAACCUGCAGCCUCGAGAUCUGUACUGGAGUGUGCUUGGCAUGAUGAACAACCCUUGGUAUCGAAUAGCGAUUUGCAAAGAAGAUGGUCAUCUCCGGUUCGAGCACCCCACACAGCCUGCCUUGAUGCCGGGAGGCUGGAUGGAGAGGGUGAAAAAGUCGGGCGGCGAUCUUACCAAUGGCUUCUGGGGUGAGCAGAUCGAAGGGCAGAGUAGUCCGAAGGUGAUUGAAGAAGAGAAGGCAGAGAUCAAGAUGACCAAGGACGGCGUUAAUGAAAAGAUUACGAUUGACGAUUUACGAAAACACGAUAAAGAAGACGCGCCGUGGUUUGUGGUCAACGGCGAGGUUUACGAUGGGACAGCAUUCUUGAAAGAGCAUCCUGGCGGCGCAACAAGCAUCACAUCUGCGGCAGGCUUAGACUGUUCUGACGAGUUCAUGGCAAUACACAGCGAGACCGCCAAAUCAAUGAUGCCCGACUAUCACAUCGGCAGCCUCGACGAAGAAGGUCGAGCAGCUCUCGCCGGCGAAGAUAUCACACUUGACGAAAACGCCCCACCAUCACCGUCUUUCCUCUCCUCUCGAGCCUGGAAGAAAGCCAUUCUCCGCACCAAAAAGUCCGUCUCUUGGGACACCCACAUCUUCACCUUCAAACUCGAGCACGACGAUCAGAUCCUUGGUCUUCCUACUGGCCAGCAUCUCAUGAUCCGACUACGCGAUCCUGCCACGCGAGAGGCGAUUAUCAGAAGUUAUACCCCAAUUUCUGAGAUUAGCAAACGAGGGUAUAUGGACGUUCUCGUAAAGCUCUACCUUGAUACGAACGAUCGUCCGGGAGGGAAGAUGAGCAAAGCUUUAGACUCCCUACCUAUCGGUCACUACGUCGACUUCAAGGGCCCGAUUGGCAAAUUCCAGUAUCUCGGCAAAGGCAGAUGCGACGUGAAUGGAGACGAGAGGCACGUCAAGACUUUCUACAUGAUCUGUGGAGGAAGCGGGAUCACCCCAAUCUACCAGGUCUUCCGUGCUGUGGUGCAGGACCGAGACGACAAGACGAAAUGUGUGGUGUUGGAUGGCAAUCGAUUACUGGAAGACAUCUUGUGCAAGGCAGAGCUGGACGGCUUUGCCAAGGACAAUGCGGAGAAAUGUCGACUUUUGUACACUUUGACGCAGGCACCAGAGGAGUGGACGGGAUUGAGAGGGAGAAUCGCAGCGCCACUACUCAGUGAACACGUAGGACGAAAGCUGCAUGCGGAUGGAGAAGCGAUGGUACUAGUCUGCGGUCCAGAGGCGCUGGAAAAGAGCGUGCAUCAGGCCCUGCUGGGAAAUGGCUGGAAAGACGAUGAAUUGCUCUUCUUCUGA